UUUACAUCCGCCUUGCCGGGUAAGGGCAGGUAGUCGACUUUACAAAUGCCAUGGCAAGAUACAUACCCCCUUUAGGCGCCACAUGUCCGGCCCAGCACGCGCGCACCUUUCUUCUUCUUAACGUUGCUUCCUUGUCGGGUCUCAUUUCCAGUCGAGCGGUUGCAUCUCUUUGGACUGAGCUGUUGCAUUCUCAUCUCUCAUUCCCUCCCCCUUUCUUUCACAACGCGGCAGGCAUCGGCGUUCCUUUCUCUUACCUAGGGUCACGGUAGCAUCUGACUGCGUCCACACUCCUUGAGCCGAUGGGCGCCCUAUAAGAACGUCACUUAUCACUCCUUAUAUCGAUAGAUUGGCUACCGCAUCUCCUCCGCCCUCCAACCAACUGCACUCGACAAAAUGCGCCUUCCAACUCUUGCAGCUCUUCUUCCGCUUGCUGGGCUGGCGAACGCCGCCGCUAUACCUCAACCGGUCACUGACGUUGUGGAGCGCGCUGCUUUCGGGUACAAGAACGUAGCUUACUUUGUCAACUGGGCCAUCUACGGACGCGCCUUCAACCCUCAAGACCUCCCCGCAAAUGAGCUGACUCAUGUGCUCUACGCCUUCGCCAAUGUGCGGCCAGAGACGGGCGAGGUCUAUCUCUCCGACACAUGGGCCGAUACUGACAAGCACUAUCCGACCGACUCCUGGAAUGACGUCGGAACCAACGUCUACGGCUGCGCCAAGCAGCUCUUCCUCCUGAAGAAGCAGAACCGCAAGCUCAAGGUGCUACUGUCGAUCGGUGGUUGGACGUACUCAGCCAACUUCGCUAAGCCCAUGAGCACUGCCGCCGGUAGGCAGAAUUUUGCGAGCAGCGCUGUCGGUCUCCUACGGGAUCUUGGCUUCGAUGGACUGGACAUCGACUGGGAAUAUCCUUCUGACGACAGCCAAGCCAACGACAUGGUCUCCCUCCUCGCCGAAGUCCGUUCCCAGCUUGACUCCUACUCCGCCACCUACGGCAACGGCCAACACCUGCUCCUAACCGUCGCCUCCCCUGCCGGCCCGACUAACUACCAAAAGCUCAAGCUCGCCGCCAUGGACAAGUACCUCGACUUCUGGAACCUGAUGGCGUACGACUACGCUGGCUCGUGGGACAGCGUCGCUGGCCACCAGGCAAACCUCUACCCCUCGUCAUCCAACCCUUCGUCCACGCCCUUCAACACGCAGCAAGCUAUCGCCUACUACACCGCCAACGGCGUCCCAGCCUCCAAGAUCGUAAUGGGUAUGCCGCUAUAUGGACGCGCGUUCCAGAACACUGAUGGGCCCGGGAAAGCAUUCUCUGGUGUGGGUCAGGGGACAUGGGAGGCGGGUGUGUAUGACUACAAGGCGCUGCCCCAGACUGGCGCGAGCGUGGUUACAGAUACAAGUGUGCUUGCCAGCUACAGCUACGAUUCCGCACAGAGGUUCAUGAUCAGCUACGACACGCCGGACAUCAUCUCCAGGAAGACUGCGCUUAUCAAGUCGAUGGGUCUGGGAGGCGGUAUGUGGUGGGAGAGCAGCAGCGAUAAGAAGGGCAGUGAUAGUUUGAUCUCAACGUACGUCAAUGCCGUCGGCGGGACCGGCGCGCUGGAUCAGAGCCAGAACUUGCUCAGCUUCCCGGUUUCGAAGUACGACAACAUGAAGAGCGGGUUUCCGAACAACUAAAGCGGGUCGAGCGCCGAAACGACCUUAGCCGCCACCACAACACUUCCCAUUCCUAUCCACGGCCCAUCGGUAUGGCUAUACCGAGGACUAACCUGCUCCACCUCACCACUCUUCCUCCCGUUCCUCCCGACGACCCUUCAGCACGGCUGUGUUCGGGGCCCCUGUCGCCACCUCACACAUCUUUCACUAUCACUACUUCCCCUUCAAGUAUAUAUUUCGCAUUCAGGGUCUAGGAUGCUCGGCGGGUGCUGAGUGUCGCUAUCUCAUCACCCAUUCAUGGUUGUUUGGGUUUUCUUUUCUUUUCUUGUAUCUACGUUCGUUUGACUCAAGACUUGCCGCCAUCCAUGUUUUCUUACAUUUGGAGUUUUCGGGAUAGAGGAGUAGAUGUGUGAUUCACAUUUCACCUUUUUAGAUUAGGGGCCAUGAUC